AUGACAGCUCGCUUGGAGUUUGCUAAAAGACAUCUAAAGGAAUACUCAGACCAUGAAAAACUCUUUGGCCUGAAUGCCAAGCAUCACGUCUGGAGGAUGCGUGGCACCAUCCCUGCAGUGAAGCAUGGUGGUGGCAGCAUCAUGCUGUGGGGGGUCUACAUUGCAGGCCUGGGAUCCUUCACCUUCUCUCAGCAGAAGCUGGACGUAGGCAACAAGUUUGUUUUGAUCCAGCGACCCAUCUUCCUGCUCUCUGAGAAGCUGUCCCAGUCACACGGCCUCAAGCAGGUCAAACCGCUGUCUGCAGCAGGGGACGUGCCACUGGUCCAGCUCAACUUCACAGUCCUGUCUGUGGAGAGCCCGUUUGAGCGUCACGUGGUGGAGGGCUGUGUGAGAGAGACUCUGCUGGUGUUGCUGAGAGCCGUGGCCGCCGGACGCUCAGUCCUCUUCACCUUCCACGCCAUCGGAGAGCUGUUGUUCUGCCGGAGCAAAGUCAAGAUGAAGUUCUACCACGACUUUGUCACCUCCCUGGACGGCAGCGGGAAGCUGCUCUUGGCGCUCUCCAAUAGACCUGGCACCAGCAACUCUGUCCUGUUUGAGAGAUCCAGCAUAACAGGGACCAGCAACGCCAUCAUCCUCCCCAGGAUCUCUUCCGAACAGGGGGGGAAGGACUGGGGAGAGGAGGCCCUGGCCCAGGUCCAGACAGACUCAGACAGGAAGAAGAAGAAUGGAGUGUUGGAGAGAAAGUUAUGUUACCACGUUUACCCAGAAUCCCUGGUGACUCCGCAGUCCAGAUCCAGACACACCCUGCACCCAGCCAAGGUCAACGGGAUCAGUCUCACUGAUGACCUGGAGCCCAGACCUCCAGUGGAGACCAACACUGACAGGUCCACAGUGUCUAUCCUACCACUGGAGGAUGCUGCUCUGAAGGAGGGGAAGGUGAAGAGGGGGGACUCUCACCUGGACAUGCCCUGUGUCAACCACAACAGGGCUGGACAG